GCCGAGCAGGGCAGGGCGCGUGCCUGGCAUGCCAACGAUGCGAAUGCUUCGAAUAUGUUUUUGAUAUAAAAAUGCGUAAGUCCCAAACAUUUGAUUGCAGUUUCAAUUGCAACGUCCAUCAAAAUGCUGGCAAAGUUUAUUCCAUUGAUUGCUUUGUUGUCGAUCGUUCGGUGUGAGCUGCCCGUGGGCCGUAGAGCUGCUCCCUAUGCCGCCGCUGGCUGGCAGCCACGAGUUCCCUUCAAUCUGCCCAACGAGUAUUUGCCGCCCAGCCGUGCUCGUGGCUCUGGUGUGGAGAUCAGCAAGGAACGCGUGGAACUCGCUGGAAAAGUAAAGCCGCCGCAAACGAACUAUUUGACGACCACGCAAUUGGUUGGGACUGAGGCGGAGGCCCUGCCAGAGUCCAUUCUGGGAACAGCAGUCUCUCCGAGUGCCCCUGAGCCAGAUCCUGCCUUCAAAAUCAUUUAUCCCGAUGAUGAGGAAUCUGCCUCAGCCGACCAGCAGCAGUCGAACAUCAGAGAGGGUCGCUACUACAUCGUAGCAAAGGAUAACAAAAUCCAGCGGGUUUCCUUUCGCGCACUCCAGCAGCUCGAUGGCGAUGAGGACUUCACCGCGCAGCUGCGAUACUCCACGGUGGGGCAGCUGCAGGAUCCAGCUGGAGCGGGUGCUCAAGUAGAUGAUUUCCGGGUAGAACAGAACACAUUUUGCUGA